AUUGGCCAGGUGGUCGUGUGUCGGCAGCUGACCCCAACGAUUUGAAACGAGCCGUGCAGGGGAUGACCAUCUCGCAACAACAGCAGCAACUGCAAGGUCUCGGACCUUAUGGGGUUCAGAAGGGCAUGUCUCAGCAAGGAAGAGAUGGCUAUGGCAAAGUAAUUGGCGAGAGGAUUCUUCAAGACCAUAAAACUGGUGGUUUAGUUCACGGUACAGGCACUCAGGAUGACUUCCAUGCUAAGCCAACCGGUGUGCCGGCCAACAAAAUCAACAUCAAGGACAAGGAAGAGUUGUUCCUACCAGAAUUUGCUGGUAGCAAAUCGGAUCCUAAAUAUCAGACACUUCCUUACAACACCAAGUUCACCGUAAACUACCUAGCAACAGCUCAGAAUAAAGCGGCCCAGGAUAAACAACGAGAAGCUGCUGAUGACAGACGGAAUGAAGAUAAUCACAAAAAUGUUGUCAACAACAUUAACAAUAUUAAUAACAAUCUCAAUAACAACAAUCAUAACAAUGCUUUGCAACAGCAGCAGCAACAACAGCAUUUGAUGACUGUGCAUAGCAUUCCCAUCCCCUCGCUGUCUGCAGCCAACAAAGGCCACGCAACCACUGUCAUGGCGGCAGGAGAACCGAUGACUGGCAACGGGCUGCAGUUCGGUCACACCGGUGGCAAAGUUCCUCCACCCAUGCAGCAAAGCCAAGGAGGAUUGGGGCAGAGAUCAUUUGCUGUAGGCUUCACUACAGGAGGUCUCCCGAGAGGGCAGCCGAUUGGAGGAUCCUCCACAACCUCUUCAACCUCUUCCCUUUCCACAAACAGCAGUGCGUCGGGAGGACACCAGAAACCUGUCAGCAGUGUGGCACCUACAUCAGUACAGCACCAGAAACCGUCACCUAUUUACCAAACGUCAUCGACGAAAAUUCAACCUGUGCAACCUCAAACACUUAGCUCCACACCUCAGGGUAUCUUGAGAGACUUGCGAGGGGAGCUCUCCCCACCGCAGAGCACUUCAACACCUGUGGGAACGCCUGACCUGCCGUUGCCUCCGAGCGCCACUGGCCACGAAGCCCCGGCAGGGGGUCUAGGAAAGCCUGCUCUCCCACCGAAACCAACAGUGCCUGCCAAACCCACGCCGCCGCCCAGACAGACUCAGCACUUUACACCCUCGCACGGGCGUGCUGGCUCUGGAGAGGGUGCUGAUGUCGGGGACUUGGCUGUGGGCAUAGGACGUGUGCAGCCUACCAGGGCGUCAGCGGAGCACCCGAUUGCGAAGCUGACACAGCCUGUACCAGAGGACAGUGGAGGAGGAACAACACCCAACAGUGGGCCUCCACCUCCGCCUCCUACGAGUGAACCUCCGCACGAGGAACCCUCCGUUCCAACGCAGACACCCUCUUCUGUUCAACAGCAGCAACAACCACCGCAACAAACACAGCAACAGCAGCAGCAGCAGCAACAGCAACAAAGACGAACCGGUGGAAGCUCAGGAGACGGUCUGCCAAUCAUCAAAGCGCGUCCCCUCACAAUCAAGAAGCAGCCUGCCUCCGAACACCCGAAACUAAAGGCAUCUGCCAGCUACGGAGGCAGCACGGGUAGCACAUCUAGCAGUUCCUCGGGAAGUAGCAGUGGUAGCGGAGGAAGCAGCAAUGGUGUGCACGUGAGCAUUAACCGACGAAUCGAAAUGCCUCCAGCCUUCCUGUUUCCUGAGACGGAAGCUCCUCCAGCUGAUCUUGUCUCUUCCACAGAGAGUGCAAGUCCAGGCAGCACAGCCCUGAGCAGCCAGUCGAGUGCUGGUGAUAGUGGUCAGGGUGACGGUUCCCCAUCUGGUGAUGGCGAAGAGGAAGGACGCCCCUUGGUACCGCUUGGAGAGGAGAGCAACCACUCGCAACCACCAGGAGGGGGCCAGUCUGGGAAAGGAAUGUCGGAGGGGAGCAAAAUGGAUGUCUCGGCUGCAGUGGUUGAUGUUCUCAACAGCAUCAAUAUGAAUCAGCAGGAGAUGGGAGGGGAAACUGGUCUCCAACAUAUCGUACGGCGCGUGAAGAAGGGCAACCUGAAGGCCGGAGGAGGUACAAAGGGUUCUGGGGGCCCCGGGUCACGCCGGGUGAGUUUUGAUCCUUUGGCUCUCCUCUUGGAUGCGUCCCUCGAAGGAGAGCUGGAAUUGGUGCGAAAGACGGCUGCUCAAGUCUCCAAUCCCAGUGCAGCCAACGAUGAAGGCAUCACAGCCCUGCACAAUGCGAUCUGUGCUGGACACCUGGACAUAGUCAAGUUCUUGGUGGAGUUUGGCUGUGAUGUGAAUGCGCAAGAUAGUGAUGGAUGGACCCCCUUGCAUUGUGCUGCAUCGUGCAACAACCUUGCAAUGGUAAGGUUCCUCGUAGAACAUGGAGCCUGCAUCUUCGCUACAACACUCUCAGACCAUGAGACUGCAGCAGAGAAGUGCGAAGAGGAUGAGGAGGGCUAUGAUGGUGUGCAGGAGAAGCUGGGCAUCCUCAACAAUGGCUGCGUGUAUGCAGUUUACGACUAUGAAGCCCACAACGCAGACGAGCUCUCGUUCCACGAGGGUGACCGCCUCGUCGUGCUGCGGAAGGGUGAUGAGUGGGAAAGGGAGUGGUGGUGGUCGCGGCUAAACGACCAGGAGGGCUACGCACCACGCAACCUGCUGGGGCUCUAUCCAAGAGUACAACCAAGCAGAAAAUCAGAAUGACAGGAUGACACAGUAUUAGAAGACUAACUGUCUGGAGCCUGUUGAUCUGUGUGAUCAUGUUGCAACAUGUUGCACAGAGGGGGCUGUCAGGGAGAAGUUGCGAACUUUGCAACCCCUCGCACUGGCAUACACAUUCUCCUUUGCUGGUGCAAAGAGAUCGCCUCAUGGAGAUCAUAGUUCGCUUCAGUGAGUGACAAUAAGGGACUGAAUACCAUGCAAGAAAUGAAAAAAAAGAUAAAGAGAGAAUAUCUCUUUGUGUUUGAUCAUUCUGUUGCUAUGUGAAUCAUGUAUAUUCUUUUUUAAAUGUGGUUACUUUCUAGACGUUCCGCUCACUUUCCGAUUUGUAGAUUAAUUAUUCUGUGUAUGACUCAUGUUAAUCUUUGGAUUAUCCAUUUCAUGUUAAAGCUUGAAACAUGUUUUGUUUCUUUUAGAAAAAAAAGUGGUGCAUGUAUGUGCACAUGAACAUUAAGCGUUUGUAUGUAUCGUAUUCUUCAGUAUAGAGUACACUGCGUACUUAGAGCCUGUUUUUAUUUCAGCUCAUGUGUAAUGGGUUUGGAAAUUAUUAAAAGAGCUUGACAGUUGUCUUACAAUACUGAAUCAAGCAAGAACACCAUAUUCUACUAUAGAAUUAUUGUCUUUGUACAUUCUUCUUAGGGAACGUACUCAUCAUAUACGAAGCAACAAAAGUAUCGUCUAUAUAGAGAAAUUUCCUACUUUUAUCCUCAUUCUGCACACUUGGUAAAUUUGAACUUUAUGAUUUCGUUGAUGUGCCUCCAACUGUCAAGUUCUUUUUGAAGUAGAAAGCACCUAAUUGACUUGGCAACGUGUGUAAGUGGAGUAUUUUCUUGUCAAAUGAAAAGGUUUAUGAAUCAAGAAAAAGUUUAUAUAUGUGUGUGCCCGUACGUAUGUUUGUGUGAUGAGUUUGAUUGUUAAGGCAAACUCGAGUGUAAGUAAAGAAAACAGAGUUUAAUUAUUGUGACAGGGCCAAGAAGCCCUCUUAAACAUUGUUCCAGUUGCCCUACUGUGCCUUGCAUACAUCUCCCUGUAGAAUCUGUUGUGUGAAGUAUGAAGUAUAUAGAGUGUACAUUAUAUGAGAAUAGCUAUUAUAUAUCCAGUCUAUUGCGAGAUGAGAUGAAACACACAAUGUAUUUUGCAUAUCUUAUUUGUGUCAUUGGGUUUUGCAGGCUAUAUAUCAUGCUGCAUUCUGUUCCAGCUGUGCUGGAAUAGAAACUCAAUGAAAUAAAACUAAAACUAUGAAAGAAUAAAAGUUAAAAAUAUAUUGAGUUGUAUACUCAUUGCACUUAAUAAAUUUUG